GGAUAGAAUGAGGGCAUUGGAUAUGUUGUACUGAGGGGGUCUCUAUAUAUAAGGGCUGUUAUGGUGGUCUACUAUCAGCCUCUCCACAGAACCAGGAUAAGCACCAACCUCUGUCUAUCACAAUGCCUAAGCAAAUCAGCAUCUUUGGCCUCGGAGCCAUGGGCAGGGCCCUUGCAGAAAAGUAUCUCGACCAUGACUACGAAACAACUGUGUGGAAUCGAACAACCGCUAAGGCUAGUCCGCUCGUCGAAAAAGGUGCCAAGCUAGCGUCCACCAUAUCAGAUGGUCUCAGCGCUAGUGACCUCAUCCUGUUCUGCCUCCUUGACAAUCAUGCAGUGGAAGGGACUCUUCGAGAUACGUCUCACAUAUUGCCCGGCAAAACCAUCGUCAACCUCACCAAUGGUACACCCAACCAAGCCCGCAAACUUGCAGAUCUGGUCACCUCUCACGGAGCACGGUACAUCCACGGCGGUAUCAUGGCAGUUCCUGCCAUGGUUGGGUCUCCGCACGCAGUUCUUUUCUAUAGUGGAGGAUCUCUUGAACUGUUCCAAAACAUUGAAAGCCACCUGUCUCUCCUCGGAACUGGAAAAUAUCUUGGGCUAGAUGCCGGAUCUGCCUCCUUACAUGACUUGGCUCUGCUAUCGGGCAUGUACGGUCUUUUUUCAGGGUUCCUCCAUGCAACUGCUCUGAUCAAGUCCGAGAAGGGCAAUACCGCUACGGGUCUGUUGCCACUUUUGACCCCUUGGCUGUCGGCAAUGAUGGGUUAUCUUGGUUCCAUCGCGAACCAGAUUGAUCAGGGAGGUUACGCCACGCAAGGGUCUAAUUUGGUGAUGCAACUGGCCGGUGUGGAAAAUAUUAUCGCAGCUGGGGAGGAACAAGGAGUCUCAUCGCAGACAAUUCUUCCGAUGAAAGCCUUGAUGGAGAAGGCAGUGGGUGAGGGACAUGGGCCCGAGGAUCUAUCUGCGUUAAUAGAAUUUUUCGAGCUGAAGAAGGGUUCGAGUUAGGGAGUCACUGUCAAAAUAAAGCCAUGCUUAAGCUCCUUUCAUUAUCAAUAUCACCACAAU